AUAGUUUUUCUCAUCGGAGCGUUUUACUGUAUCGAUAUUUCAUUCAUUCAUUGAUGGUGCGCGGCAGAUGGAGAGCCAACUUUAGAUGGAAGUCCACUUGUGCGGCGGCUGCUUGCUAGGUUGAUUGCAGUUUUCCCAUUGACUGAUGGAGAUUACAUCACAAUGUCUUAUAAACUGACGCAGGAAGAGCUUGAUGAGCAGUUUGAACAGUUCAUGAAGGAGUCUAUUUCAGAUGACUCAGUGGAUUUGGUUGGCCCUGCCAAGCAGCGUACUGUUCUGGAAAGCUUUGGCAACACCACCCAGAGACAAGCCAAGAAGCCAGCUAUUAGUUCUGUGCCAUGGUGGCAACAGGAUGAUGACAGCCCAGGAGGACCUGGGAGAGCAGAGAAGGCUACCAAAAGCAGAUUUAUCAAACUCAAAAAGCCAAAAUCUGAGAACACUGAGGAUGAAACCAUCAGUGUGGAGCCCUCUUAUAAACCUGUCCCCAAGCCUCGCAGCAAAGCUCUGGAUAGGCUUGUUGAAUUGGACAGCACCCACAAAACCAAUCUGGAAGCCUCUCAACCUUUGUCAAGGCAAACAAGUUCAGAAGAUGACUCCCACGCACAUAGGCUGCUGGAAUCCAGACACACAUAUCGGAAGUCUUUGAAGUCCCAGCCAAUCCAGGAGGAGGAGGAAGAAUAUUCUGGAGAUAAGGGCCUGAGUAGUGAAGAAAAGAUAGAAAGUGCUAUCCUCAGCAAAGAUAGUCUAGAACAAGAGGUCUCAGUGAUGGCAUCUGGAUCUGCUCUGAACACAAUGAGUAUGGUCAUGAACUCUCUGCAGGAAGAGGAGGAAAAGGCUAGAUUCUUUGCUAAGCUUGAGGCAGAAGCGUCUUCCACCAUAGAUUACUCUAAACUGAACAGAGAGCUAGAUUGCACGAAUUCUACCAUUGACACCAUGCAUAGGAAUUUAGAGGAAGAUGUGGAGUGGGCUGAUGAUGAGCAAAGACAGGGUGAAGUCAUGGAGACUGAGAAAAUCUCCCCAGACUCCCCACACUACAGUGAAGAUUUUGAAGAUGAGGGAAGUUGUAAAGAGCCACUGGUGACGAAUGCAGAAAGGUCUCCCAUGCUUGCCAAAGUUUCUCUCUAUGAUUCGCUGGACUCCACUGGCGGUGUGUCCUUUCCUGAAGAAAACAAGAAGGUGGACGUCACAGGGUCAAAGGAUAAAGCUCAGUCCUAUGGACAGAGUGGAGGCAGUGACAUGGAGGCCCUCCAUGAGGCCUACAGACAGAUCAGUUGGUUGGAUGGUUCAGAGGAUAACCACAGCCAACAGUUCUCUAUGGAGAAGAGAGAAAGACGCAGCAGGUUCAUAAGCCCUUCUUCCCCUCCCGAACCCUCCAGAGGAACACUUAAACCAGCCUCUACAACUGAGUCAGAGCUGCCCACUGCAGAAGAGCUGAUGAGGCCCAUCAGGCCAGAGAGGGAUCAAAUCAGAGGCUCUACCUACCAGUCUGUAAGGUCCUUUGAACGGACAUCCCCUGAGUCAAGCCCAAAGCAGCUAGCAAAGCCAAACCCUGCAGUGGGGACGAGAGAGUAUAAGGGAUCAACUACUCCUCCCUCACCAGACCUUCCUCUUCAGGAACUGUCAUUGAGCAUCAGAGAUCAAGUGGAGAGACUUAUGCAGGAUCAGGACAGCUGUUUGCCUGGUGCUUUCACCCAAGACAGCGAAGCUAAAAUACUGGCUCUCCAUGACUCUAUCAGUGGCCCCUCUACAUCUUUGGUGAGGAAUCCAGUUGUAACUUUGGGUAAAAAAGGGGCCCGCAGAUUGACAGUGGCUUCACAGCUUUCUGGAUCCUACAGAUCUACUGUUAAAGCCAAAUCAUAUCCACUUACUCAGAAGAAGCCACCUAGGCAUGCCCUCCAACCUAGUCUCAAACCCACAGAGGAAUGUGAAGAAAAUGAUGACUGCACACAUACAGGCCCAGGCGUAAAGGUUAGCCUCGAGCUGAUUGCAUCAGUCCAGUCCUCUGCUGCUGGACUCCAACAUCAGAUUGACUCCAGCGGUCUCUCCCAUACCCCAGUUACACAGGAAGGGAAAUAUCUCCAAGAAACAGAGAAACAACAUCUUGUAGAAGACGGUAGGGAGCCAUGGGGGAAGAGACAGGUGGAGGAUGAAAGUUCUGUAGGUGAUAAACUAAAAGUCCAGCUUGCCCAGGAUGACAAAGAGCUACACUUCAGCAUGGAGCAGUUACUGCAGCAACACAAGGAGGAGCUCAGCUCACUUCGACAACAGAACUACAUACUACAGAGCAAGCUACGGAAUGCAGAAUAUACCAGCCAGAAGAGGAGAUGGGGAGAUGCCACAGACCCUGUGACCGAGGAAAGACUCAAACUCAUUGAGAAAGAAAUGCAGGAGCAAGAGACCCUCAUCCAGGGCUACCAUCAGGAGAACGAGAAGCUGUACCAACAGAUGAAGGCUCAGGAGGCAAAGAGUAAAGGAAAUGAAGAAAUCCUGUUUACUGAAAACCAGAGGCUAUUAAACGAGCUGGCCUUGGCACAGGGAAAUUUGAACAAGACCUGGAGAAAGGUGGGAAAUGCUUGCCCUAUGGAUCACACAAAGCACAUCACAGAGUUGUUGGAUCAGAUGCACACCAUAAAGAAGAAUGAGGCCAUGCUGUUGGAGGAGACUGACAGGCUGAGGCAAGAGAAGCGGGUCAUUGAGGUAGACCUCCAGCUGAUGAAGAAAGAGAGAGACUUUGCUAAAGCGCAGGUUGCCUCCACUUCAGGUGAUCGGAGCCUGGAGAUGCGUCUUCAGGAGGACAGGCACAGAGAGGAGGUGGGAACCUUGAGGAAGAAGCUCCAGUGGUAUGCAGAGAACCAGGAGCUGCUGGACAGGGAUGCCUCCAGACUCAGGGCAGCCACUGCUGAGACACACAAUCUCAAAGAGCAAGUAGAGAAGCUGAAAAUGGAGGUGGGGAAAAGAGGCAAUCAGCCACAAAACAAAGUAAACAAGAGAGUUGCAGACAUCAAGAGAAUACAGGACCUGGAACGACAGGUGAAGGAGCUAAAGCAGAUACUAGUACAUAGACGUCCCAGCUCUCUGCCUGCGCUAAUCUAUGCUGCAGCCUCUGCCUGUGAACCAGCGGCUCAGGACACUACAAAGACCUCCACACCCACCUGUGUCGUUGCCCUUUUAGAGCGCAGGAUUCAGCGUCUGGAGGCGGAGCUAGAAAGUUGCGACGAGGAGGCAAGGCGUAGCCUGAGGACCAUGGAGCAACAGUUCCAAAGGAUCAAGCUCAGGUAUGAGGAGCAGAUCUCAGAGCUAGAGCACCACCUGAAUCAGAAACAGCAGCUGGAGGCACCAGGCUCUACAGUUCCUUCUGAGGCAUGGGAAAACAAACUUAAGCUUGUCGAGGAAGCCCACCAGAAGACAGAAAAGGCCCUCCAGGAGCAGAUCCUGUCUCUUGAGCAGCAGCUUGCCCAAAAAGUGCAGCCCACAAAGCCUCCACAGAGAGUCCAGAGCAGCCCAACCCGACACCAGCGCCAGACUGACACAGCAUUUGGGGUCCGCAUAGACCGCCUGAACCAAGAACUGGCAGCUAAGACCCGCACCAUCCAGGAGUUAACCCGCACUGUGGACCGGCUGCAGAAGGAGAAGAACAUUUCAUCUAACCCCUGCCCACGGCAAGGGGACCCACACGGGGACACCAAACAGCAGGCAGUUCCAUCUAAGAAAGGUUUGUUGGUUCAUCCGGGGGAGAGAUGUGGAGAGGCGGCAACGUUUCCAGCCACACAACAGGAGAAGACGUACCAGCCCACCGCCUUCACAGGGAGCCACAUCACAGAGGUGCUGCAGGAGAAUGAGGUGCUGAAGGAGCGCCUGGGGCAGCUAGCGAUACAGAAAGAGCAGGAAAAAGUUGCCCUACAGACUGCUGCCGCUCAGAGCCAAGCUGAGCUAUGCAGACUAAAGGAGAGUGUAACAGAGCAGCUGUCCUCCCUAAAGGCUGAACAUCAGAAAGAGCUUGACUCUUUGAAUGCCAGCCAUGCGCUGGAGAACUCCUCUUCCAAAGUGGCUGAACUUACCAGCAGGGUCAACACUCAGGAGAUAAUGUUGCAACAUUUGCGAGAUCAAGUAAAAGAACUGCAUGAGGCCAAAGAUUCACUAGCAGUAUCCAAGAUUCGAGAGGAGACACUUCAAAAUCAGCUGACAAGGCUGCUGGAGGAGCUGAAGCAGGCCAAAGAGGCCUACAGCCCAGAGCUGAAACACUUCUGUAGUCUGGAGAAGAAGAUCUUUGACAUGGAGCUCAGACACUCCCAGAGGGAGAAGGAGCUGCAGAAGGUAAUUCGGCAGACGCGACAGGUGGUGGAGGCUGAGCAGCAGUCGGAGGUUAACCACUGGAGGUGUUUGGCCCAGAGAAAGAGCCGGGAGCUGGAGGCAUUUCGCCAGGAGCUGGAUUCCAUCUUGGAUAUCCUCCGAGAUCUCCACAGACAAGGGGUGGUUCUUCCUUGUCCUGGCCGUCCCUUGAAUGUCCCCUUCACCUGGAGGAGUUGAUGUAUACACUGACACAUGCACAUACACAGACAUUAAGGAUGUACAUAUAAUGUACACAUGCAUUACAUAUCAUGUAUGUGCAUACAUUAAAGUACAUACAGUAAGGAUGCAACAAUAUGAUGUAAGCAUUUGGUCAGGACUUCAUUCAGUUGUUUCAUCUACUAGAUGUUAUACUGUAUUGGCAUUCAGUAGCACAAAUGAGAUUUUCCCGAUAAAACUGAUUUUUUUUCUCAAAACGUAAAUACUUUGGGGCGUCUGGGUAGCGUAGCAGUCUAUUCGGUUGCCUACCACCAUGGGGAUAGCAGGUUCGAAUCCCCAUGUUACCUCCGGCUUGGUCAGGCGUCCCUACAGACACAAUUGGCCAUGUCUGUGGACUGGGUGGGGAGCCGGAUGUGGGUAUGUGUCUUGGUCGCUGCACUAGCACUUCCUCUGGUUGGUUGGGGUGCCUGUUCAGUGGGGGGGGACUGGGGGAAAUAUUGUGAUCUUCCCACGCGCUACGUCCCCCUGGUGAAACUCCUCACUGUCAGGUGAAAAGAAGCGGCUGGUGACUCCACAUGUAUCGGAGGAGGCAUGUGGUAGUCUGCAACCCUCCCCGGAUCGACAGAGGGGGUGGAGCAGCGACCGGAACAGCUCGGAGAGCGGGGUGAUUGGCCGGUACAACUGGGGAGAAAAAGGGGGGGAAAUUAAAAAAAAACAACGGUAAAUACUUUGUAAAAAUAUUCUUUAAUAGCAGUAUGGAUAUACUUUU